AUGAUCCCUCCUAGUAAUCUGCCGCAGCUGACAUUCCGGAUAGGACAUGUAAAAGUGGUGGACCUCCUCAUUGAUUCCCAUCCAAAAAAAGUGGAGCUUAAUACACUCGAGAGUUUUUUUGGAGCCCAAGUGGGCUCCAACACCCUAUUAGAUGGUCAACCUAUUCACGUGCCUGCAGAAUCUGGUAGAGAAACUAGCACUUUUCCUGAUGAAGACCACAAACUGAGAUUCAGCCAUGCUGGAGGGCGUGCAAUUUACCAAAAUAGUACGCAGACAUAUAUUUACGAGUGGCAAAUCCUGCUCGAUUUCCGAAGAAACUGUGCCGAAAUAUCCAGUGAGGUGACAGAGACGCUCUGCGGGCUUUACAUACUUCAGCAGCCUGAGAAGCUGAGCUGGCAAAAACACAAGCGCAGCGAUCAGAAGCAGAAACAAGCGGAUCCAGAUAAGAAAGAAAAAAAUGUGGCCUAUUUUCAAGACCUGGAAAGGAAGUACAUAGCUCAGCCAACUGUAUCAAAACUUUUUUCAGCGGCUUCUAAGCAAGACGAUGACGGACUUCGAGCCUCGUACAAUAUCUCUUUGUUAAUUGCUCAAACAGGCAAACCACACACUAUUGGAGAAGAGUUCAUUUUACCGGCAAUAAAAGAAGUAAUAACUACUGUGCUCCAUAAACCAGCGGCAGAUAUUAUUCGAAAAAUUCCUUUGAGCAAUAGUUCUGUGCAAAGACGAAUUGAUGAAAUGGCUGAAAAUAUUGAAGACUCAUUGUGCAAUCAUCUGAAGACUAGUCAAUUCUCAAUUCAGUUGGAUGAGUCCACUUUACCAACUAAUGAAGCACUAUUGUUGUCAUACGUGAGGUUUAUUAAAGAUGAGAAAAUAUGUCAAGAACUAUUAUUUGCUAGAAAUUUAGAGACAGAUACAACCGGAGAAACCAUAUUUAAUACACUGGAAAAGUUUUGUGAUGAGAAAGAAAUUCCCUUGAAGAAUAUUAUAUCAGCUGCUACGGAUGGCGCUCCGGCUAUGACAGGGCGUCACAAAGGCUUCAUAGCGUACUUAAAAAAUAAAAUUCCAGAUGUGCUCGCUGUUCAUUGCGUCAUUCAUCGACAACAUUUGGUUGCUAGAAAUUUGAGUGAACGGCUGUUUCAAUCACUGCAACAUGUCAUCAAAGCAGUCAAUAAAAUCCGAAAGAGCUCUUUAAAUGACAGAUUAUUUAAUCAGCUUUGUGUUGUUAAUAAUGAAGAUUUCAACCGAUUGCUGUUUUACACAGAAGUGCGUUGGAUAUCAAGAGGUACUUGUCUGACUCGAUUUUAUAAUCUGUUUGACUCUGUGAUAGAGUUCUUGGAAAACAAAGGCACAGAAUUGCGCAACAACCUCAUCACAUCAAAGAAUGAUAUUGCGUACUUGACAGACCUGUAUAAAUUGUUUAAUGAUAUCAAUCUCCAACUUCAAGGUGACGACUUGAACUUGAUUAAAUCAAAAAAUAUCGUUGCUGCUUUCGUAGCCAAACUGCUCUUACACAAGAAAAACAUCGGCAGACGUGAGUUUCACAAUUUCCCUAAUUUAUCAGCAGUACCCUUCAUCAACGACGACUUGCUUGUUUACUGCCAACAUUUGGAGAACCUCCACAGUGAUUUCAAAGAACGGUUCCAGGACAUUUUAAAAUUGGAAAUACCGGACUGGGUGUUGGAUCCUUUUUCAAAUGUCAACACAGCGGGAUCAUCCCAGCUUGAGGAAGAACUUAUAGAACUGACAACGAACGAGGAAAUAAAAAUCAAAUUCAAAAAUGGCUACCAAGAAUAUUGGCUACAAAAGCCAAUCCCACAAUUGUACCCUGGAUUGUGGUCGAUUGUUCAACGAUUUUUGGUAGCAUUCCCAUCGUCAUAUUUGUGUGAACGUGGAUUUAGUGCUGUGGCAACGCUGCUAACUAAAAAGAGGAAUCGUUUGCAUGUUACCGAACGCGGUGACUUACGGCUGUUUUUGAGUAAAUUCGAACCUGAUAUUAACAAACUUACAGAUGCUUCAGACACAGGCCUGGGGGUCUUGCUGAGCCCAUGGUGUUGA